CCGCGGGGAGGGCACUGCUCCCCACCGCCCCGAUCUUGCAAAUGCUGCGGCCGAACCGAAUAUAAAGUAGAAAGGCCGGUGCGGCGGAGCUGAAUAAGCCACAGAUUCGCAGCCUCAAUAUUCUCACCUCGCCAGCUGAUGGGCGUGUUAGGGUUAAGUGUUACUGUCCUGCUCGCUCAAGGGCAUACCUACCCUCCUGUGGACAGUCCCCCAUCCCAACGGCAGAGCCUGCCUGACCUUUAUCAGAAAAUAUAAUACGUGCUCGUUGCCAUAUUUCACUUUUUAAAAAUGUUUACUCCGGUUUAUCCUAAGCUUCUUGAGAGCUGAGACUGGCUUUUCACUUGUGUCUCUAUAUACAGGGUUUGGAACACGUGGAAAGAAGAGGUUACUCAAAGAACUUCUGAAGUAGAGAACCCAGUUGUGAGUUUUUUUAUCAGCUGUUUCAGGCCGGAAUGGCUGUGGAAUCCAGAGCCGUUUCAACCCUGCUACCUCCAGAUCCUCAGGAACGAGAACUAAUACUAGUGAAAGUAGAAGAAAGCCUUCCCUGGGGGCAGAAAUUAAAGCAGAAUGGGAGUACCCGAUCUUGCCAAGAAUUGUUUCGCCAGCAGUUCAGAAAGUUUUGCUACCAGGAGACACCUGGGCCCCGGGAGGCCCUGGGCCGACUCCAGGAGCUGUGCUACCAGUGGCUCAUGCCGGAGUUGCACACGAAGGAGCAGAUUCUGGAGCUGCUGGUGCUGGAGCAGUUCCUGAGCAUCCUGCCCGAGGAGCUGCAGGCCUGGGUUCAGCAAUAUGGUCCAAAAAGUGGCGAGGAAGCUGUGACUCUGUUGGAGGAUUUGGAGAGGGAAUUUGAUGAUCCUGGACAGCAGAUUCCAGCUAGUCCACAAGGACAAGCAUUACCCUGGAAGGAUUGGACACGUCUUGGAGCAUCCCAAGAGUCAAACAUCAUACUCCAACCUUUAAAGGCACAGCUGAAACCUUGGGAACCUUGCCUUUCCUCCCAAAGUGAUUGUGAGAACAAUGGAUCAGCGGCAAAGAAGGAUAUUUCAGGAGGAAAAGCAGGACUUCUCCAGGAACUCUCAUUCGGAAGAAUUAGUGAACACAAAAGCCACUUCAAGAGGCUGCAAGGAAGUGCUUCAGGGGAGAAAUUAGGAAGCUCCCCUUCCCCAGCAGGCAGUUGUAGUCAAGCCAUCACACACAGAUCUCUAGGAAAGAGAUUCCACCAUGAGCCCCAGAGAAGCCUGAUUCUAAGUACAAGCUCUAGAACAUUUCAGAAAGUUCCUACGGAAGAGAGACCUCAUAGAUGUGAUGUAUGUGGGCACAGCUUUAAACAGCAUUCCUCUCUAACACAACAUCAGAGAAUCCAUACCGGAGAAAAGCCCUACAAAUGCAGCCAGUGUGGGAAGGCCUUUAGCUUGAGGUCGUAUCUGAUUAUUCAUCAGAGAAUCCACAGUGGUGAGAAAGCAUAUGAAUGUAGUGAGUGUGGAAAAGCCUUCAAUCAGAGCUCGGCCCUCAUUAGACAUCGGAAAAUUCAUACAGGUGAGAAAGCUUGUAAGUGUAAUGAAUGUGGCAAAGCAUUCAGUCAAAGUUCAUAUCUCAUCAUCCAUCAAAGAAUUCAUACUGGUGAGAAACCCUAUGAGUGUAAUGAGUGUGGGAAAACCUUUAGCCAAAGCUCAAAGCUUGUAAGACACCAGCGAAUCCACACAGGAGAGAGACCUUAUGAAUGUAAUGAAUGUGGGAAAGCGUUCAGGCAGAGCUCGGAGCUGAUAACCCAUCAGAGAAUACAUAGUGGAGAGAAGCCCUAUGAAUGCAAUGAGUGUGGAAGAGCCUUCAGUUUGAGCUCGAACCUCAUUAGACAUCAGAGAAUUCAUAGUGGAGAGGAACCUUAUCAGUGUAUUGAAUGUGGCAAGACAUUCAAAAGGAGCUCAGCCCUAGUUCAGCAUCAGAGAAUCCACUCUGGGGAUGAGGCUUACAUAUGUAAUGAAUGUGGGAAGGCUUUCCGGCACAGAUCAGUCCUCCUGCGCCAUCAGAGAGUCCACACUGUGAAGUAAGUGGUGAAUACAAUGAAUAUUGUAAAUACUUCUGUCAAAUGUUUAUGUUUGUUCAUCAAAAGGGUUUACUUUGAGCAAGACUCCAUGAAGGUUGUGAACUCCUAGGUCUCGAGUGAGUCUGACUUUAUGCAGCACUCCCCCGUGCGCAUGCACAUUGUCCCUUGAAAGCUUUUCCUGUGACUAGUCAGAACAGUAGAUGGAAGAAUUGUUGCUUCCUCCUUUUCUAUCAUCAUUAGGAAUACUCAGGAAAUAGGAAAAAUGGGACUUUUGCAUUGAAACCUCAGUUUCCAGGAGAAUGUCAUGAAGAGGGUAAGCAGUCCAUGCUCUGUCACUGCGUCGGAUCGCUGGUGUGCCAGGCUUGGGGGACGGUGUGGACAAUAUGAGGGACAUUUUGUCUCAGGAAUGCAAAAGUUUACUAAUCAAUUAAGAACAGUGACAGGACAGCAAGACCGAUAGGGGAACAGUUUCAUUAGUGAUUUAAUGAGCCCAGGGCCAACCAGAGUGAGACAAUAAUUCAGAUUAAUUUAUCCAGCAGUUCUUUUUGAGUGCUUGCUUUGUGCCAGGAACUAGGUAUAAUGGAAAAUGAAGACAUUUUGUACAGUUUAAUGAGCAGGGCAAACCAGCAAUGACACUAGUAUGAUCAGUGCCACGUGCCAUUAAGGAGUCCGUAACCCAACCUCGGUCAAGGGAAAAUGAUCUGAAGGAUGAGGGGGAACAUAGACACAGGCCCGGAAGGAAGUCUGAGAAAUUAAAAGUCCCCUUGGUGUGGAGCAUGCCGGGUGAGUUCCUGGGGAAGUAGAGUCAGGUCUGUAAGACGUGUGGAUGCAGCCAGUCCCUUAAGCAGUGCCUACAGUAAAGUAGGAGCCAGGAGAAGUUUGUUAAUAGAAAAACUCUGGAGUCCUUGGACCACAGGGUGGUGAGUUUUGUCUUCGUCUGGUGUGACCCAGAAAAAGGGUUAAUAAGUAGUUUCCUUGCCCUACCUGUAGGCUAGACCUUUUGUGGGGGUGGGGGUGGGGCCAGAAAGACCCCAGCCUGGAGGUUGAGAGUCUGUCUAAAUGUCCCUCUCCCAGACAGAAGGACAUCUUUGGUUCCUACCAGUAAGACUGACAAAGCUGCUAUCAACUUCCACCUUCCAGUGCUCAGGAUCAGAAGCUGCUGUGGCUACCAUAUCACUGGGGGCUGCACCCCAUAGUUCCUCGUGCACUGCCUUGGGCUCUGGUGCUGAAGAACAUUUGUCAGUUGCUGGGUCUGUGACUUAUUCUCCAAGCACCUCACACACAGUUUUGUUUUAUAUCAGCAGCAUUCAGUCUUUCAUGAAUUCGGUUCAAGACAAAGCUAAAGGGAAGUGGCAACAGUCAUGAUCCAUCCAGAGAUUCCCAUCUUCUGAGGGACCGGGCCGGAAAAGUACCCCUAGACUGGUACUUCUCUACAAUGUGGAACGGGGUAUAAGCUAGCCAGCAACAGAAAAACGUUAUUCAAAAUACCUAACAGUUAUCACUCACCAAAAAUAGAAACCUAUGGGCAUGCAGAGGAUAAAUAGAGAGGUAGUACUCCAGAUGAGCGUGUAUUAACCAGCAGGAAUGGCAGGAGGGCUAACUGCACAAGCUUAGAAUGAAAAAAGAAAGGGAGAGAAUCAUUUGGAAAAGAUGGUAACAUGUAACAAGAGCUAGUCAACUCCUGUUUUCUUCCACAAAGAUCCAAACUGAAGGGGUAGGACAAACUAACUAGGAAUGAUACACCAUCUAUUACAGAAGGAGGAUAUUCUUUACACAGAGAGUUCUUACACAGAUCAGUAAGAAACGCAGUAGGUACUUGUUCAGGCUUUGUGUAUAUGUACUCGUUAUUUGUCAGACGCCCAUAUUUUGCAGACGAGGAAUGAAGGCUUAGGAUCACGGCUUACUCUGUGUCAUGUCGCUACACAGUGAUGAGGUUAGACUGAACCAGGCAGUAGGAAUCCAGAACCCUUCUGUUUCUCUACACUGUCUCCCCAUUAGAAAGUCACAACAGAAAAAAGGUUUCUUAAAUAGGCAAAACAAAAGAAUAAAUUCAAUGCACACUAAGUGUUCAGCCUUGCUGGAAUUAAAAACGCUGUAUUGAAGCAAGAGUUGAGAUGUCCCUCACACAACUAACAAUUCAGGGAAACUGGGACGCUAAUGUUGCAAGUGGGAUGUGAGUAGAUACUGCCUCUGGCAAUCAAACCAGAAGCCUUAAGCAUUGCCUUUUGACUUUCACAUUCUACCUAUAAAUUAUGCUUCAGAAACCAGCAGGGAUGUAUACAGUCUUAAAAGUGAUGUUGACAUAAAUGACAAAGCAUUAUUAUCUUAUGUAAAAAUAAAAGACAAUUAUGUACAGUAUGAUUCCAUGUAAAAAUAUAUUUAUGCAUUAAAUACUGGAAAUAAAUCUUAAAGUGCUAUA